CGGUUCACCGUGCGAUCUCGCUGCGGGCCCGGCUCCAGCCCGCGUGUGCAAAGGCAAGUGUGUCUAGAGGCAAGCGCGGGGCUUUCGGCAAAGGCGGUCGGUGUUUGCAGACCCAGGCGAGCCCUUGUGAAAGCAGAUGAAAGAAAACAUUUAUUAACGUGUCAUUACGAGGGGAGCGCCCGGCCCGGGCUCUCGCAAGCUCCGCGGAACACUUGGCUCCUUCCGCUCAGAGAGAGAAGAAAAGGAAAGUGGAAAAGAGGCAAAGAUUCUCUUCGUUCGCAGCCAAGUGGACCUGAUCGAUGAUCCUCCUGACUUUAUUGCGAUCAUUGAUUUAUUAGAGAUGCCUCCCUUCGUUUGUGUGUUGCGCACACAUACUCGCACGCACGGUUCUGGCUCGCGUCCCUCCCUCAUUUCCAGCGCCUGGGCGAAUCCCACAGCUGUUUCAACUCUCCGCCGACGGCAAGCAGGAGCGAGUGUGUCGGAUCUGUGAACAGAGAGAGAAGAGGGCAAAGAAACAGAUCCACGAGACACAACCUCAGACUCCUGCCUCCAGCAAGAAGCAACAGAUCAGCAAAAACAUAAAAUGGCACGCCCUGGCCUCCUGCUUUGCCUGCUCUCCGCAACUGUUCUCUCUCUGCUGGGUGGCAGUUCCGCGUUCCUGUCACACCACCGCCUAAAAGGCAGGUUUCAGAGGGACCGCAAAAACAUCCGCCCCAACAUCAUCCUGGUGCUGACGGACGACCAGGACGUCGAGCUCGGUUCCAUGCAGGUGAUGAACAAGACGCGGCGCAUCAUGGAGCAGGGCGGGGCGCACUUCAUCAACGCCUUCGUGACCACGCCCAUGUGCUGCCCCUCGCGCUCCUCCAUCCUCACCGGGAAGUACGUCCACAACCACAACACCUACACCAACAACGAGAACUGCUCCUCGCCCUCCUGGCAGGCGCAGCACGAGGGUCGCACCUUUGCCGUGUACCUCAACAGCACAGGCUACCGGACAGCUUUCUUUGGGAAGUACCUGAAUGAAUAUAAUGGCUCCUACGUGCCACCAGGCUGGAAGGAGUGGGUCGGCCUCCUUAAAAACUCCCGCUUUUAUAACUACACACUCUGCCGGAACGGGGUGAAGGAGAAGCACGGCUUUGACUACUCCAAGGAUUACCUGACAGACCUCGUCACCAACGACAGCGUGAACUUCUUCCGCACGUCCAAGAAGAUGUACCCACACAGGCCCGUCCUAAUGGUCAUCAGCCACGCAGCCCCCCACGGCCCCGAGGACUCAGCCCCCCAGUACUCACACCUCUUCCCCAACGCAUCGCAGCACAUCACGCCCAGCUACAACUACGCGCCCAACCCCGACAAGCACUGGAUCAUGCGCUACACGGGCCCCAUGAAGCCCAUUCACAUGGAAUUCACCAACAUGCUCCAGCGGAAGCGCCUGCAGACGCUCAUGUCCGUGGACGACUCCAUGGAGACGCUCUACAACAUGCUGGUGGAGACGGGCGAGCUGGACAACACCUACCUCGUGUACACCGCCGACCACGGCUACCACAUCGGCCAGUUCGGCCUGGUGAAGGGGAAGUCCAUGCCAUACGAGUUCGACAUCAGGGUCCCGUUCUACGUGAGGGGCCCCAACGUGGAGGCUGGCUCGCUGAACCCCCACAUCGUCCUCAACAUUGACCUGGCCCCCACCAUCCUGGACAUCGCGGGUCUGGACAUCCCCUCGGAUAUGGAUGGGAAGUCCAUCCUCAAGUUGCUGGACACGGAGCGGCCGGUGAAUCGGUUUCACUUGAAAAAGAAGAUGAGAGUCUGGCGGGACUCCUUCCUGGUGGAGAGAGGCAAACUGCUCCACAAGAGGGACAGUGACAAGGUGGAUGCCCAGGAGGAGAAUUUCCUGCCCAAGUACCAGCGCGUGAAAGACCUGUGCCAGCGUGCCGAGUACCGGACCGCGUGUGAGCAGCUGGGCCAGAAGUGGCAGUGUGUGGAGGACGCCACGGGGACAUUGAAGCUGCACAAGUGCAAGGGCCCAGCGCGGCCUGGGGACAGAGCCCUGUCCAACCUGGUACCCAAGUACUACGGGCCGGGCAGCGAGGCCUGCACCUGUGACGGCAGCGACCACCAGCUCAGCCUGCCUGGACGCCGGAAAAAGUUCUUCAAGAAGAAGUACAAAGCCAACUACGCCCGUAACCGCUCCAUCCGCUCCGUGGCCAUCGAGAUGAAUGGUGAGACACACCACGUAGGUCUGGAUGACGCACCCCAGCUGCGCAACCUUACCAAGCAGCGCUGGCCAGGAGCCCCCGAGGACCAAGAUGACAAGGACGGCGGGGACUUCAGUGGCACUGGAGGCCUUCCGGACUACUCAGCCCCCAACCCCAUUAAAGUCACCCAUCGGUGCUACAUCUUAGAGAACGACACGGUCCAGUGUGACCUGGACCUGUACAAGUCCCUGCAGGCCUGGAAAGACCACAAGCUGCACAUUGACCAUGAGAUCGAAACCCUGCAGAACAAAAUUAAGAACCUGAGGGAGGUCCGAGGUCACCUGAAGAAAAAACGGCCAGAAGAAUGUGACUGUCACAAAAUCAGUUACCACGCCCAGCACAAAGGCCGCCUCAAGCACAAAGGCUCUAGUCUGCAUCCUUUCAGGAAGGGGCUGCAGGAGAAGGACCGGGUGUGGCUGUUGCGGGAGCAGAAGCGCAAGAAGAAACUCCGGAAGCUGCUGAAGCGGCUGCAGAACAACGACACGUGCAGCAUGCCGGGCCUCACGUGCUUCACCCACGACAACCAGCACUGGCAGACGGCCCCGCUCUGGACACUGGGGCCCUUCUGUGCCUGCACCAGCGCCAACAACAACACGUACUGGUGCAUGAGGACAAUCAACGAGACGCACAAUUUCCUCUUCUGCGAAUUUGCAACUGGCUUCCUCGAGUACUUUGAUCUCAACACGGACCCCUACCAGCUGAUGAAUGCAGUGAAUACACUGGACAGGGAUGUCCUCAAUCAGCUACACGUGCAGCUCAUGGAGCUGAGGAGUUGCAAGGGUUACAAGCAGUGUAACCCCCGGACCCGAAACAUGGACCUGGGACUUAAAGAUGGAGGAAGCUAUGAGCAAUACAGGCAGUUUCAGCGUCGAAAGUGGCCAGAAAUGAAAAGACCUUCUUCCAAAUCACUGGGACAACUGUGGGAAGGAUGGGAAGGUUAAGCGGCCCGAGGAGGACUGCCAAAACAAAGGCGUCACGUGACUGUACAGACAACGAAACCCACGUAUGAUUUCAAGCGGACCUAUGCUGUUAGCCAGGAGACACAGAGAACUUGCGUUCGGCCGACACGGCAGAUCGUGGAAGAGAACCGCCAGGAGCAGUGACACUUCAGGACGUCCAUUUUUUGCCCCUGCUUUCGCUUUGGAUUAUACCGCACCAGCUGCACAAAAUGCAUUUUCGUAUCAAGAAGUCACCACUAACCCUCGCUGAGAGGCUCACAGGGAGAAAAGAACUCAGAGAUUUUUCUCAGAAAUUUCACCCAAUAGUGCAGAGUCACUGGAAUCCUUUUGUCCGUCAAGGAGGAACCUAGAAGCACGACAGAAGCGACGUGCUGGUGCUGGGAAUGGUGCCGUUGACAGUGAGCCAGCAGCACGAAGCGGGUGAUGCUCAUCUAGUACGCUAACCCUGGUCGCCUCGGAGGAAACCGACUUCCCUGUACAUACGCGACACGUGUGGCCAGCGUAGGCGUUUUCAAGCGCGGUGGUGUCAGUAAACGCUUGCAGCUGUGGGCAUUUCCAUUCCUGACCAGAGACCAUGUCCCCCACCAUUCCUUUGUUAUCUGUCCCAGAACUAAUGUUUUUUAAAGUACUGAAGUUGGUGUAUGUCCCAAGUUUUAAUGAAAUUGUAUUUGUAAAGAAAUUUUGUAGUCUAUUGUCAUACGAUGUUCAAAACCCCAGCCAAUGACCAACAGUUGGCUUGAGCUAACCUUUGACAUUUUGUAAAA